AGGCACACAGGGAUAGCGGUCGUCAAAAGUGAGUUAUAGGGGUUGAGUGAGAUAGAUCCUAAAAACAGAAUAAGAGGAAGACCAGCCAAGACAGAAGAAGGAAGGAGAUGAGGAGAUGAGCGAUCCCAGGGGAGAAUAUGCCACAAUUGGCAGGUAGAAUUGACUAGAACAGGUGGGGACAUUGGGGCACUGAGGCACAUUUUAGGCCCGGGCGUUGGCCCACACUGGAGUGGCAGCUGAGGCAACCCUGGCCUGUCAGGAAAGCCGAGCUGCAGGACGCCGUCUGCAAUUGCCCUGAGACCAGCUGAAUCUCUGCGUCUCGGGCUCCCGCCAGUAGAAUCUGGAUGAUAGACUAACAUCCGACUUCCCUCCCUCCCCAGAGUGUUUGUUUUGACACAUGAAAUAAUGGAAGAAAUGGGAUGAGGAGGAUAAUUACUCUCUGCCAUAUUUCCAUCAUCUCUCUCUCAGGGAGGCCAGGCAGAAAGGGAAGGAGGAAAGGAAGGGAAAAAGAAAAAUGAGAAAGGAGAGAAGGAAAGGGAAAGUGAGGUUGUGUUCAAGGGCGGGUGGGUUCAUGAAGAGGAGAAACGGAAAAUCAGAAGGACUCAGGCCGCUGGCUGGGAGGCCCCUCACGGUGCCCCUUGGGAGGCAGACACCCACCCUGCGAUACAAAAGACAAAAGAGAAGCGAAGUCACUUGCCUUUGGUCACAGCACUAACCUGAGGCAUCUAUAAUAGGAGGAAAUGGAAAAUAAAAUGGGACCUAAUAACUGUAACGUAAGGGGACAAAACAAUUUGCAACAACCCUUAAGAUUUGGAAAUCUUAAGUUUUGAAAAUGUGCCAUUUUCUAGGCUCUGAGAUUGGGAGAGCUCUCAGUUCUUUGGGAUAUCUUUCCUGGUUCUAGACAUUUUAUUUUAUAGAUGAGACAUUUUUAUUUUAUAGGCUCAGAGAGGUUAAAUAAUUUGCUCAAGGUCACACAGCUAGUGUGUGGAAAAGCCAUGAUCUCAGUCCUAUGUUUGGUUUUCUUUCUACUCCACUAGACAUCCUAAAGAUAUCAAAUACAGAAUUUUGAGUAUCCCUGGAGACUGGGGUAGGGGGUGGGGACAAGAGAAUGGGUUUUCUUAUUUGCCUAACCUGGCUGUGUGUGUGAUUUCAGAGCGAAAGUCGAUUCUUUAUCUUCUCCUCUAGACGGCCUUGGGUUCCUUUUAGCGAGUAGGCUUGACACUUGCUAAAUAAUUCUACUUUCUCGUUUCUCAGAUGUCCCACUCAGAGCUCCAAGAGCAGGUAGAUGUGUGUUGCCCACAUGGGCUCCAGACUCCAGCCAUCUCCGUACGUGGUUUCUGUAAAACCAGGCAGCUGAUCCCUGAGCACCUUCUCUUUAUCGUGUUAACCCUGGUGGUACCAAGAGGCACCUGACAUUCUGGGUAUGCUAAUAAUUCAGUGCCAGCAAGUUUCUGUUAUCCUCCAGUUGUAAUUGUUAACUUGAAUGGAAUGCAAAACUUCUGGUUCAGAGUAGAGGUUGGCUUUUAACUGUGAGUUACUUGAGGGAUAUGGAAAACGGGGAGUACAUUUUGUUGACUGUGCAAGAAGGGUUAGAGAGGCUUUUUUGAGUUGUAUUUUCUCUAAUAAAUAGAAAGAGGUGGUAAAUGUACAGUUGCUACUGUGUCUACAGACUCACUGGUGAACUCUACCCUUUAUUAGCUCUUGCCUUGGACGCUUUUUCAGGUUAGCAAGCCAAGACUUGCUCGGAGAUGAGAACAAUGAGCGCAGUAUCGUAAUGCCGUUUUAACACACACACGUACACGCACACACAACUUGUAAUGCUUCUGGUGUCAAGGUGUAUUUCUGCAAGCCCUUCCUGCCGGCCUACCCCCACCCCUCACAGGUUUGGAAUUUUUUUUUCCCCUUAAGGGGAAGUGUAGAAAUAGAGCCUGCCUAUUCAUUUGCAUUAUUGUACAUCACACGAUAUCUUUGCAACCAUUAUAUUGUGUUCUCUCAAUGGUGUUUGCUCUGAGGGUGGGACACAAGGCUGUUUAGUGUCUCGUAAAACAUUUACCAAAAGCACUGAGCCAUGGUUUUGAAGGGCAUUCCGUUGCCAGAGUGUGGGAGGAGAGAGCAAGCCGAGGAAAGAGAGCUCCAGGUGUUUGGCAGGAUUUGCUUCAAAGGGCAUGCCAAAAAUUGAACUGAAAAAUCCCAAGCAAGCUGCCUGAAUUUCCCUGUAUAUUCUUGUUCUACAUCCUAUAAAAGGACCAGACAAACCAAAUUAGUGAGGUUUUGGUCUCCUCCAGCCGUGGAUGCCUUUGACAUUAUGACCGCAGAGGAUUCCACCGCAGCCAUGAGCAGCGACUCAGCCGCCGCGUCCUCGGCCAAGGUGCCCGAGGGCGUGGCCGGCGCGCCCAACGAGGCGGCGCUGCUGGCGCUGAUGGAGCGCACGGGCUACAGCAUGGUGCAGGAGAACGGGCAGCGCAAGUACGGCGGCCCGCCGCCCGGCUGGGAGGGCCCACACCCGCAGCGCGGCUGCGAGGUCUUCGUGGGCAAGAUCCCGCGAGACGUGUACGAGGACGAGCUGGUGCCCGUGUUCGAGGCGGUGGGCCGAAUCUACGAGCUGCGCCUCAUGAUGGACUUCGACGGCAAGAACCGCGGCUAUGCCUUCGUCAUGUACUGCCACAAGAACGAGGCCAAGCGCGCCGUGCGCGAGCUCAACAACUACGAGAUCCGCCCGGGCCGCCUGCUCGGCGUGUGCUGCAGCGUGGACAACUGCCGCCUCUUCAUCGGUGGCAUCCCCAAGAUGAAGAAGCGCGAGGAGAUCCUGGAGGAGAUCGCCAAGGUCACCGAGGGCGUGCUGGACGUGAUCGUCUACGCCAGCGCGGCCGACAAGAUGAAGAACCGCGGCUUCGCCUUCGUCGAGUACGAGAGCCACCGCGCGGCCGCCAUGGCGCGCCGCAAGCUCAUGCCCGGCCGCAUCCAGCUGUGGGGCCACCAGAUCGCCGUGGACUGGGCCGAGCCCGAGAUCGACGUGGACGAGGACGUGAUGGAGACCGUGAAGAUCCUCUACGUGCGCAACCUCAUGAUCGAGACCACGGAGGACACCAUUAAGAAGAGCUUCGGCCAGUUCAACCCGGGCUGCGUGGAGCGUGUCAAGAAGAUCCGUGACUACGCCUUCGUGCACUUCGUCAGCCGGGAGGACGCCGUGCAUGCCAUGAACAACCUCAACGGCACUGAGCUGGAGGGCUCGUGCCUCGAGGUGACGCUGGCCAAGCCCGUGGACAAGGAGCAGUACUCCCGCUACCAGAAGGCGGCCAAGGGCGGCGGCGCGGCCGAGGCGGCGGUGCCGCAGCCCAGCUACGUGUACUCUUGCGACCCCUACACUCUGGCCUACUACGGCUACCCCUACAACGCGCUCAUCGGGCCCAACAGAGACUACUUUGUGAAAGCAGGCAGCGUAAGAGGCCGGGGUCGAGGUGCGGCUGGCAACAGAGCCCCAGGGCCCAGGGGUUCCUACCUCGGGGGAUAUUCGGCUGGCCGUGGUAUAUAUAGCCGAUAUCAUGAAGGGAAAGGAAAGCAGCAAGAAAAAGGAUAUGAACUUGUACCGAAUUUGGAAAUCUCUGCCGUCAAUCCAGUUGCCAUUAAACCUGGUACAGUGGCCAUCCCUGCCAUUGGGGCCCAGUAUUCCGUAUUUCAGGCCGCCCCAGCCCCUAAGAUAAUUGAAGAUGGCAAAAUCCACACAAUGGAGCACAUGAUCAGCCCCAUCGCGGUGCAGCCAGACCCAGCCAGCGCUGCAGCUGCCGCCGCCGCCGCCGCCGUCAUUCCUGCUGUGUCAACGCCGCCACCUUUCCAGGGCCGCCCGAUAACUCCAGUGUAUACAGUGGCUCCAAACGUUCAGAGAAUUCCCACUGCUGGGAUCUACGGGGCCAGUUACGUUCCGUUUGCUGCUCCAGCCACGGCCACGAUCGCCACACUACAGAAGAACGCGGCUGCCGCUGCUGCCGUCUAUGGAGGAUAUGCGGGCUACAUACCUCAGGCCUUCCCCGCCGCUGCUAUCCAGGUGCCCAUCCACGACGUCUACCAGACAUACUGACACUGGUGAGGAGAGUGGAGACAGACCACGAACUACCCCUGAAGGAACACUUUACUAUUUAUGAAGAAAGAACGUGCAGGAUUAGCACACCUAUGAAAGUGAAGAAUGUUAUGAAAUGUCAUACUGAAAUAUUUUAUAUUCAUGAUGAAGUUUUCACUAGUUUUUUUUUAAGACUAUUUGCAAUUUAGCAGCCUGUGUUCAUACAUUUCUAAGAGACUUGCAAUGGUUCGUGCCUUAAUACCAUCUCUGAAAAAUUUGUACGCUGUAGUACAUUUGUAUAGAGGUUUUUGUUUUUUGUAUUUUUAAGGAUAUAUUUUCAGUAUGAAGGUUAUUUUCUUAACUUCUGCACUCCAGAGAUUUCUAUUUUGUAGUACCUUCAAUAAUAUAUCAACUAUAUAUUGAAAAGCACACUUGAGCAGCUAGGGAACUAUUUUGAAAAAUAUAUUCAAUAUUUAAAGAUACAAACAAUAGUGCUUUAAAAUACUACAUAAAAUGUUAUUUUAAAAGUUAUACUGGAAAGUGCAAUUUUAAAGUGAGUAAAAUCUCUAUUUUAGCUGGCAUUAAGGGUUGACGGUGUUACCAUCUGUUCUCUAUGACAGUUCUUUUUUUUUUUUUUUUUUUUUUUAAGGAAUUAAACACUCGAUUUCUCCUUAAGCCCAUGUUGAAAAGACUUGUCACAUAUCUGAGUCCAAACACUGGAAAGCUCUCACCUGCCACCAUCACCCUGGACCCUGUUCAUUCUCCAUUUGUCUUUCCCUCCCCACACCCCUACUCCUUCCUUCCUCCUUUCCCCAGCCCCACCUGUGAGUCUGGCAAGUCUAGGGCAAAAUGAAUUACUCUGAUAGAACAUUGAUGGCUUUUAUACUUCUUCCUGGGUUUUUGUCAGGGGUAGGGGGUGUCUUGUUGUGGGUUUUUUUGUUCUGUUUUGGUUGGGAAGGUAUUUUCAAUAGCAGAGUAUGCAUAAGCACAAGGUUUUCAUAGUUUCCAUAAGACAUCUUUGCGUAGCUAUUUGUCUUCUAUAAAACCUUAAUUCUUUUUCUAAUGCUUUUAUUUUAUUCAUUUUUUGAAGUAUGAGUUUGUAGAGACAGUGAAUGUCAUUGUAGACAAGGCCCCCAAAGACUCUAGUCACAGAAAGUUAAUGCUUCUAGUUGCUUUUAUCAUGUUUCAGUGCGAAAUGUCUUGGGCAGCAAGGGUGUUGGAAAUAUGUUUAUUGAGCAGGGCUUUCCUCCGUAGCUGCGCACAUGGCAGGUGUACUGAAUGGGGACCUACACACCCAGGAGGAGGAGGAGAGACCUGGAGGAAUUAAAAGAUAGUUUGUAAAUAAUCUCCUAAUGCUGGCUUUUAGUUGUUUCAUGUUGCAGAAGUUCAUGGUGUAUAGUUUAAUGCAAAAUGAAACCAUUUUAUUUCAAUGUUAUUAAAAAUUGUUGUUUUAUUAGGAAGUAAAUGUAUUGUUGCAGUGUUGUGCCUGUUUCAAGGCUUGUGUUUAUCAGAGUGAAUGUAAAAUACAGUAAAAUGUUAAGAUUGUCAUCUGCUUUAGGAAAUACAUCAACUUGGAACUUUUUUUAAAGGCUCCAUCAAGGAAUUGAGGUGUGCAAUAGGUAGCAAGUACACAGUUGUGUUUUUAUGUCAUAUUAGAGAUCUGUAAAAUCUUUCCACUCAAUUUUUGCAGAUGGCUGAAUUCGUAUUUAUGGAUUAAUAAUAAGAUCAUGCCUUUAGCAACUAUUGCAGUUUUGUUUUCAGUUUUAAAUUAAGACAUUCCCAAAUGCCUCUUUCCCCCCUCAUUUUAGGGUGGGAUGAAUUUUUUAUAUAUAAGCAAUAUUUAUUUAACUAUUCUGUAAAAUUAUUGAGUGCCUGCAAAGGCCUUUAAACAUUUCUAACAUUUAUUUCCCGCCAUUCUUGAAUGACAUAAAUAAUUGUGCAAUGUUCCUGAUGAUGUACCCAGCAAGCUGCAUCCAAACUCAAAUCUGUUGGAAUGAGUAAUCCAACAAAAUGCAAUUUGGAUCAGAUCCUCAUCCCUUGACUUUGUGUGAAAGAAGUACUGUCCUUCCAAUGAAGAACUGUCACAGAGGUUCACUGGAUGAGACUCUGACCCAGCGGUCUUACUGUAUUUUACAUAUGCCUGUAAAUUAUUUGAAAAAAAAAAAAAAAAAGUAAUAAGAAAAGAAAAAAAAUUGAUAUCUUAACAUUGCAACUACCAAACUACCUUAAAAACAAAUGUUGGUGAGCCUCCUAUCUGGUCUGUCUGUUUCUGUUUCAAAACCAUUUCAGAUACACUACUGAGGUAAGUUUAUAACUUGAAAUGUGAACUUUUUUUUUUUUUUUUUUUAGGGUUAAGAACAAACUAUAUAAAUGUUUAAAAAAAAAGCUUUAGUGUUCUCUGUUUCAAACAUGCUAGCAAUUUAGGUGUUAUCUUUAGUUGCUUUGUAUUUGAAAAGCUUUUAAAUUUAUUUAGAUCUUGCUCCAUAUACAAUACAUUCUUAGGAUGUAUGUAGUAAAUAAAGCUUUCUUUAAAGCAA